AAAUACUCAUAAUGAAGUAAAAUCAAAUACAGGCAACAACAAGUUUGGAACCAUCGCGAGCAUUUCGUUCCAAAUGUGCCUUCUUUAAAGAGCGCAGUGAGUCGAAAGCUACUUGGAGUUUCUUUGUAUGCAAAUGGGGAGUAGAAAAGGCCCUCCCAGUCUUUGUAAUUAAUUGACACGUUAUACCACUCAUCAUGCGCUGAAGCACCAAUGGUAGAUGCUCGGAUCUCCCCCAAAACCCACAAUUUCACAUCUGCAAACACUGUCUUCAUCCACUUGACUCCUAAGACCCGCCCACACGUGGCCAACCUUUCGCGUGUUUUAAUGCAUUUUCACUGCAGGUUCAUGCGUGCAGACCAACCUUAUAUGGACUCAUCGGACAAGCGGAUUGUCCGACAGAAAGGUGCCGUUGCUGCAACUUUUUUUGUGGUCGCCCCCCCACACCAGAAUAUGUCGUUGACCAACACAAAGACGGGCUUCUCUGUUAAGGACAUUUUGGACCUGCCGGACACGAAUGACGAAGAGGGAUCUAUCACCGGGGCGGAGGAGGACACGGAGGGUUCGGAGAGCACGUCCACGACGAAAAGCGCUGGAGUUUUGCUCAAAAGUCCCCUGGAAAACGUGCAGAACCUGCCUUUAAAGAACCCCUUUUACGACACUAGUGACAAUCCGUACACGCGAUGGCUCGCCACCACGGACAGUAUUCAAUAUUCAUUGUUCCUCCCGUUUCUCGCCGCCGCCGCAGUGCACGGCCUCACCGCCGGCUCCCAGGACUCGGCCAAAUCGCCGGAGCCGUCCGCGGACGACGAGUCGCCGGAUAACGACAAGGAGACGUCGAGCAGCGGGGGCAGCGACUCGGGCAAGAAGCGCAAACGGCGGGUGCUGUUCUCCAAGGCGCAGACCUACGAGCUGGAGCGCCGGUUCCGACAGCAGAGGUACCUGUCCGCCCCGGAGAGGGAGCACCUGGCCAGCCUGAUCCGCCUCACCCCGACCCAAGUGAAGAUCUGGUUCCAAAACCACCGGUACAAGAUGAAGCGAGCCCGGGCAGAGAAAGGUAUGGAAGUGAGCCACCUCCCUUCUCCCAGGCGAGUGGCCGUGCCCGUGUUAGUCAGAGACGGGAAGCCUUGUCACACCCUUAAAGCUCAGGACUUGGCGGCCACUUUUCAGGCCGGGAUCCCCUUCACGGCGUACGGCGCGCAGUCGCUCCAACACAUGCAGUACAACGCGCAGUACGGCGCCACUGCCACGCCGCACUUCCCCACGGCGCACCACUUGGUGCAAACGCAACAGUGGACUUGGUAAGGGACGGGAUAGACAAGAGACUCGUCUUUUGGGAAGGCACUAGGCGCUUUCACGACACGCGCAAAUAGAGGGGGACCCAGAUACCCCCACGCAACCCCCCCGCACACAAACACACGAAAGACUUCUUUUUUUUUCGCAGUCCACGCACUACAUCAUUUUAUUCGGGGCUCAUGUGUGCACCGUGUUUACAUGUUUUCGUUAAGAGAACUGGCUCCAAUUCCCCUGUUCCAAAUAGAUUUGAACGAGAAUGUCAAUGCUCUUCUUGUGAACUUUUUUUUGUUUUGUUUUUUUGGUAAAACUAUGUUGUGUGUUGGUUGUAGAUAUAUAUUUUCUCUCGCCCUUUGCCCUCGUGUUAUUAUCAGCACGUACGAUCCACUUUAUAAUUAUAGAAAUGUUAAUUUCUUGCUUCUUUUAUGGACCGAAAAAUAUUUAUGGCCAUGAAUAAAUACUGGCAACUUU